UAUGUCAGCAAGUUUUAAAAAAAAAUAAUGUUUUUAUGUACUUUUCCAAAGGACAAAUAUAAAAGAGCUCUGGCUGAAAACGAAAAUAUACGUACAAGAAUGAAAAAGCAGAUUGAAGAUGCAAAGCAGUUUGGAAUACAAAAAUUCUGUACAGAUUUACUUGAUGUUGCUGAUGUCUUAUCAAAAGCUACCGAGAGUGUUCCUAAAGAAGCCCUUCAGGAAGAUAAUCAACAUUUACUAAAUCUUUAUCAGGGAUUGCAGAUGACGGAAGCACAAUUACAGAGUGUCUUUAGGAGGCAUGGAUUAACACAGAUAAAUCCUCUAGGAGAAAAAUUUGAUCCAAAUUUGCACGAAGCUAUAUUUCAACAGGCCGAUCCAUCGAAAGAACCUGGAACAGUAUUUGUUGUUAACAAAAUAGGUUAUAAGUUAAUGGAAAGGACAAUUCGUCCCGCUUCUGUUGGUAUAGUAAAGGCACCUUAGAGGAUAUCACAAUAAAAAUAGAGACUUUAUUCAUAUACAUCUUAUGUAACAUGGCACAAAUGGCUUAGCUGAGUUCAGAUACAGUAUAAAUCAUCAUUCCAUUUCAAUAUUAAAAAAUACAUUAUAUUCCUUAUUUUAAAUAAACAUAUUAACACGUUCAAAAUUUUUGUUGCUUCUGGUUAUCAUUAUAUUUAAAUAGGUCUGUAAUAUUCUUAAAUGGCAUUUGAUGUAUCAUUUUGGCAAAGUCUUGAAUAAAGAAUGAGAAAAGUAUUUUUAUAAA